GACUCAUUUGUCUUCUUUAGUUCACCAAACAGCAAUGUUUCAAAAAGAGCCAUAAAAUAAACUAAAAAUUUCAAGAGGGAGCUUCAAAUUAAUCAGCUACUACAACAAAAUUCAGGCGGCGGGAUUUGAUUUGAUGAACCGACGGUAGUGACUGGUGAGUCGAUUUGUGGAAGAAUUGCUGGUGGUUGGUGGGUAGGAGGAGUGGAAUUGAGCGGAAAUGCCGGAGGAGGAUUUGGUGGAUAUAAAGUUCAGGCUUUAUGACGGGUCGGAUAUCGGGCCGUUUCGGUACUCCGCCACAUCCACGGUGGAUAUGCUUAAGCAAAGAAUUAUCUCUGAUUGGCCCAAAGGUAAGACAAUUAUUCCAAAGGCAGUGAAUGAAGUCAAACUGGUAAGUUAUGGUAAAAUUUUGGAGAACAACAAGACGGUUGGUCAGUGUAAGGUACCCUUUGGUGAAGUUGCAGGUGGGGUUAUCAUAAUGCAUGUUGUAGUACAGCCAUCUCUUUCAAAAACUAAAACAGAAAAGAAGAUUGAGGAUUCACCCAGAAAGAUUGUAUGCUCGUGUUCCAUUUUAUGAAGGAAAACAUGUAGAGUUCGAAAAUUGUUUAUGCUGGUAACAAUGUUUAGGAAUGUAAACAUUGUCUCCGAGUAUCCCGUGUGUGUUCGUCACAAAGUCCAUGUGUUCAAGUUCUUAAUGGAGUGAUGAUGAUGUGCAUUUUUCUCUUCUUUGGUUCCUUAAGUCUUUGUUUCUACCAUAAAACUCUGCACAAAGUAAAACCAAAAUAAUUUUAGGAACUUGGGUUCUAACCUUUUGGUUGUUUCCAAGUACUAGCUUGAAUCAUUUGUAAACUUGUAUAGACUACUCCAUGUAAAGACGAAAUGUACACCAAAUUGUAAGGAGAAAUGCGUUUAUAUGAUGCUAUCUGUUACUAAUAAUGAAAUAUUUCUGAUGCGCCUGCUAUGGAAGAAAAGGCCUUCUCGUGCAG